GGAAGCCAACAGUGACAUCAUUUUCCAGAAUUCCCCCCUCAGUCACUGCUGUCUGGACAUCGACGAAAAGACACAAGCACAACGGCACAAACGUACUGACAGGCGAACUCCGCUGUCUGCUAUUCACGAGGCUUUCUACGACUGUUUGAAGAAAAACCAGCGACACUAAAGGAUGUCUCUGUAUCCUUCUCUCGAGGACCUAAAGGUCGACAAGGUCAUCAGGGCCCAGGCCCAGAUUGCCCAGGCGCCCACCGCCAUGCCAGCCAUCACCGAGGGAACCUACCAGCCUCAGGCUGCUAUUGCUGGGAUGUCAGGAUCAAGCUUGUACCCAAAUCUGGAGGAGCUGGGCAGCUACAUGGGCCUGGCCCUCAACAGUGAUGAAGUCCAGAGGAACCUGGCCCUGGUGCCCGUGGCUGAAAAUCAAGUGGCACUGCCCUCCACCUCAGGUGUCGCGGGCAUGCUGCGGCCUGUGACGGGGUCAGACGUCGGCAUCAGGAGGGCAGAGAUCCGCCCGGGGCUGCGGGAGAUCAUACUCUGUAAGGACCAGGACGGCAAAGUGGGACUCCGACUCAGGGCCAUCGACAACGGAGUGUUCAUUCAGCUGGUGCAGGCCAACUCCCCCGCGUCGCUGGCCGGCCUGCGUUUCGGGGACCAGGUCCUUCAGAUCAACGGUCAGAACUGUGCCGGCUGGAGCAUCGACAAGGCCCACAAGGCCCUGAAGGCGGCAGCUGAGACCCGCAUCGAGCUGGUGGUCCGGGACAGGCCAUUUCAGCGCACCAUCACUAUGCACAAAGACAGCUCAGGCCACGUUGGCUUCAUCUACAAGUCCGGCAAAAUCACCUCGCUGGUCAAGGACGGCUCCGCUGCCCGCAACGGCCUCGUGACCGAUCACUUCAUCUGUGAAAUCAACGGGCAGAACGUCAUCGGACUCAAGGAUUCUCAGAUCAAGGAUAUUCUGAGCACCUCUCCGACCGCCAUGACCAUCACCAUCAUGCCCAAGUUCAUCUACGAACACAUGAUCAAGAGGAUGUCCACUGGUCUCCUGAGGUCAUCCAUGGAUCACUCUGUCCCAGAGGUGUGAAGACGCGGAGGAGGACGAGACAAAGUCUGGACAUCUAUAAUACAGAUCUCUCUCUCUCUCUCUCUCUCUUUACUCAUCUCUGUCCUAGUACCAAAAUCACCUCUGUUCCUCAUCCUUAACAUAAUCUUAAAAAAUGCCUUUUUAUUUUGGUUCUUUUUUUCUACAUUCCUCUCAUCUCCGUUGAUAUUUUGACUUCUUACAUAUAAACAUGUUAACCUUUUAGUCUGAGAUGUGUUUGACAUCAAAGGACAGGACAAGAUGUUUGUUUAUUUUUGUUUAUUAUUGUUGUUGUUGUUGUUGUUGUUGUUGAAGCCUUGCACACGAUCAUGAGUCCAGAGCUUCCACCUCUGUCCUAAAAAGAUACGAAUCAUUGGCUCGUCUUCAUUUCAUCGUCAGAAUGCUGUAAACUGUCCCGCGUAGAUCACGGCUGCUGCGCUCUCGCUGUCCUCUGCACUUUGCCCAUAAAAUGUGUGAACGUGAAAACCGUUGCUGACUUUCUUCUAGAUUCCAGUGUUUUCUAGUGUUUUCUUUGGCCAGUUAAAGUAGUUUCAGUUGAUGCCACAUUUUGCUAAAUAACCACUGACAUUUUCGACAUUUAUAGAGCAGGUAUUCUAACAUCAUGAUGCAGCGUCUCCAUGACGGGACUCUCUGUGGCAGUGUUGAGUUUAUAGACACUGGGAAGAGUGUGUGUGUGCGCGCACAUUUCAGGGGGAAAGUGUUGGGAAAAAGAGGGCGGCAGCAGACGUCUGUUGUCCUAUGCAGCUGCGAUUCAGCCCCGUCCAUAAACACGGAGAGAAUACAGAGACGUUCAGGGAGACCAGGUCCCACUGCGCUCAGUGUGUGUCUCCCAACUUCCUGGGACUCGCUGGUAUUUGUUUGGGACAGGGUCUGACACGGACAGACCCACUAAGUGCACUUUUCCCACUACCUUUUACUCUGAGGUCGACUUUUAUUCCCGUAUCCAUUUCAAACAGUUGGAAUUCAGUGGUCAUGUUUGUGUUUUAUGAUGCGAGAUUUCCAAGGGUUCCUACCCCCCCCCCCGCGUUACUGCUCUGAUUUCACGCUGAAAAACUUCUGAUAUGAAAUAAAUUCCUUCCCACGCUGAGGCCGAGCUCAAGGUCGUGGAAUUCGACACCAUGUCAUAUUAUACGGAGUUGCUUCCUUUUUAAAUGCUGUUCAUGUUUGGAUGCAUGUAUUUCCUUUAGAUUUUUUUCUAGUUACGUUACCUGAUAAACAUUACUGUCAUUCUGUAAAAAAACAAAACAAAACAAAGUUUAUAUACGAAUGUAACCAAGAUAAUAUUGUAAAACAAAAUAAACAACCUUUCUGUUCACAUUAA